GGUGGGGCCCAGCAUCACACACUCAGCAGCUUCCAGUUAGGUGCUUUGAUGGUAUAUAAGGUUCCCGGGUCCCUGAAGAGCAUCAUAGGAGGAUGACACCGGCAGUGAGCAGGCAAGGAGCAGAGGACGCAGAGCCAAAGACAGUGAAGGGACUGAGACAUGGAGGCCAGUGCAGCGCCCAUGGCCAGGCGCCUCAUGGACGAAGACACCUUCACUGAGAACUUCAACAAUGUGAACUGGCCACGCAAGACCUACCUGUGCUAUGAGGUGGAGCUCCCGGAUGGUAAUUCCAGGGUCCCGCCAGGCUGGGACAAGGGCUUCCUGCGCAACAAGCCUGUUCAUGUGGCCGGGCCACCCCGCGACGCAGAGAUGCGCUUCCUGGACCUGAUCUCUUCUUGGAACCUGGACCAGAAGCUGCGCUACAGGGUCACCUGUUUCAUCUCCUGGAGCCCCUGUGCUGUGUGUGCUCAGAGAUUGGCUGAGUUCCUGCGGGAGAACAGCCACCUGAGCCUGCGCAUCUUCGCUUCCCGCAUGUACACCAAGAGAAAAUAUGGAGACUACGAGGAGGGACUGCGCACCCUGCAGGCGGCUGGGGCCCAAAUCGCCAUCAUGGCCUCAGAAGAGUUUGAGCACUGCUGGAAGACCUUUGUAGACCACCAGGGAAGACCCUUCCAGCCCUGGGAUGAGCUGGAUGCCAAGAGCCGCUACCUGUCCGAGCAGCUGCAGCACAUUCUCCAGCUGAUGGCUCCUCCCUCCCUGCCUCCCCUCUACUUUCCUCCCUCCCAUCCUGUCCCUGGCCCUUCCUUUCGCUCUCUCACAGGCUCCUCUGGGUGAGCUAGUCCCUCCUGGGUGGCCAGCU